AUGCUCAUCGCCAGAGUCAUCCCCGCCCUCGCCCUCGGCGUUGGGAGCGUCCUCGCCGACGGCGCCGCAAUCGCCAAUGCCAUCGCGGCGAUUCAAAACGCCACCAACGAACUGACCACGACGGUCAGUAACUACAACGGCAAUAUCCUUGGGUCACUUCCCAUCAUUGUGCAGUCCACCUCCCUCCUCUUAACUAUCAAGAAGGGUACCCAGACCGCCGAGGAGUCCGCUGCGCUUUCCGAUCUCGAAGCAGUGACCGUGGGCUUGGCCACCAUCACACUGGUUGGCAACGUCAACGCCUCUCUAGACGCCAUUGUCGAUGCCAAGCCCAAGUUCGACCGGAAUCUGUUGACCCCCGUCGUGCUCUUGAACCUGGAGCAGCAGAGAUCUGCCUCGGCAGACUUCAGCGACGCUGUCGUGAGCAAGUUGCCGGCCACAUUUGUGUCCACAGGCCAGCAGCUCGCCGCACAGAUCAGCGAGGCCUUCAGUGAGGCUAUUGGUGUCUACAGCGGGGGGAUCUUGGACAAGUGA